CGAGUUUCAUAGACGAGAGGAGAGGGGUUUAGGGGUUUUACAGGAGUGAAAAAGAAAAUGGGCAAGAAAGAAGGAGACUUGUGGGACGAUUCGGCUCUCAUCAAUGCUUUCGACAACGCCAUGACUACCUACAAGAAAAUGCAUAGCAAGAAACCCAGUCAAGGCUCAACCCAGGAAGACAAGCCUGUGAGCAGUCCUGGAGAACAAGUCAUUGCUGAGGCUGACGAAAGCGAGGAGAUCAAAAGAAUACAAUGGGACACAGACGACGCGACAAAAGAUAUGCCAAAGACUGCUAUAGAAGGUGGAGAGACCAGUAAUCUUUCAGAAGUUAUAGAAAAACAAUCUUUGGAUUCAUAUGUACCCGAUCCCUAUUCACAAGAUGCACAGGACAUGCAAAAUAACUAUUCUUCUUCACAGGGUGGAGAAGAUUAUACAAAGUUACUGAACCAGUAUUAUGAGAUUGAAGAGAAAAGAGAGAAGAUUCUAGAGCAACUUCAUCAAUUUGGUGGUGGGAAUUACCUGUAUUCUGGCGAAGGUUCGGGUUUAGGUUCAGGUGUGCUGUGGAGUAAUCUUUCUAGUUACGAACAAAUUACAGUCCCUGCAAGCCAACCUUCCAAUCCGGCUGGUGUGGCUUCAUGUUGCCUGUACAUGUGUCCGUGCUUGAUGACUUCAUGCAAUGCAUUUCCUGCUUGUUCAUCGGCAUGUGCUGGUAUAACUUGUACAGAAGCUUGUUUGGCAACAAGUAACGGGAAACCUUUAUCUCCUGAAGAUGGAAAUGUUGUCAAGACAGCACUCGGGACUGCAGAAAGAGCAUUAUCAUCCAUGACAACAAAAAUUACUGGUGAUUCUUUAGUAACUGAAGAAAAAAUGGAUGACAAAGAAGGAGCAGAAAUGGCUGAAACCACUAGCUCAGAGACAGAUAUAAGUGUGGUUUUGAAUGCAUGGUAUUCCGCAGGUUUCUACACUGGCAAGUAUCUCGUGGAGCAGUCCGUUGCUAAGAAGCGACAAAGUUAAACGUUCCCUCAAGCUGCAGCAUACAGAUUUUUACUUAUUAUGACACAGGAUCUACAUUUAAAUCAAAAAGUCAGUUUCCUAAUAGCUUUUAACUAGUUGUAAGUGUGAAAUCACUGAAAUGUAGUUUCAUUUCGACCUCAUGCAGAACAGUAACUAAAUUAUCAUGUUAUGAGUGAAUAUUAGUCAAGUUAUUACCCUCCAUCCGUCG